GAAGCCAGCUCUGUUCCAGGUCCUGACCUUUGUUUUGCUGUUGGCGGUUCCCGGCUGCCCAUACUCCCCACUGAGUGCCUCUUGGAUUUCUGCAUGGGGUCCUUCCAACGACAUCUCAUCAGGACGACCKGUUCGUGCUCGACGGCAGUUGCAGCUCAGAAAUGAGUGGGCAACGUGGAGCGGCUGGUCUGUGUGCUCACGCAGCUGUGGGGGCGGAGCCUCUGUGCGGACACGCACCUGUAUCACCAGGAACCUGAUUGGUGUACCRUGUGCAGGAGAUCCUCGACAGUAUAAGAUCUGCAACACAAAGGAGUGCCCCCCCGGCUCGGAGGAUUUCAGAGAGAUGCAGUGUGCUGCCUUUAAUGACAGGCCGUUGGURGCGGGAAACACCUUCAGAUGGACGACGUUUCAUGGAAGCUCCAACCCCUGUGAGCUCAGCUGCCUGGCUUUGGGACAUAACUUCUACUACAACUUUGGCCACGUACUCGAUGGUACAUCCUGCAACAAGGAGUCUGGUGCGCUCUGUGUUAACGGACGCUGUCUGCUCUGCAGAAUGGUCGCUCCCAGUUUGUGAUCAAUGGGAACUGGAAAAUCAACGUUCCUGGUGAGUACAGUGUAGCUGGGACCAAGCUGCUGUACAAGCGCUCUGCAGACACCUGGGAAAGCUUUGAGGUGCCAGGACCUACCCAGGAAGACCUACAUCUAAUGGUUCUGGCGACAGACAGAAACUCAGGAAUCGAGUACGAGUACUGGCUUCCACCAGACCAGUAUGACCUCUACCAUGGGAGGAGGAGCCCACUGAGACAGGCUCACCAGUCUGCCAGCUACUUCCCCUGGAACCAUCUGACAACAACAACCACAGUCACCACCACCACCACCACCACCACCACCACCACCCGGCCUCCUCCAAACACCCCCAAACCCCACUGGUUUUUGAAACUUUUAAAGACUCCACGCCAAACUCCUCCCCACACCCACCACCAGCAUCCUCGCCAGCCCACCGCUCGUCUGGGGCGGGAGGAAAACCAUAGAAACCUCCUCCCUCAGGUCCCACCUGGAAGACACUGUGGGAAAUGUCAGCAAGUUAAAGGUAGAAGGCAACGCCAGAGACAGUACUGCCAAAAGGACUUUGUGUUUCGGRCUAGAGUUUUCGGGAAGCUUUACAGAGGCGAGGAGACUCGUUACGAUGUCCAGAUCAUCCACACAUACCGAAACCGCUUUCGCCUGGAGCACCGAGAGUUCCUUUGGGUCCCAAAUCUGUGCAACUGUCCCAACCUGGAGGUAGGGAAACAGUACAUCCUGAUGGUGCGGCGCCACAUAAACUACGAGCACACGUUAAACCGCAUCCUUCUGGAGGAGGACAGCUAUGUGGUGCCGUACAGACCCAGAGAGGACGAGCUGCUGAGACCACUGGAAAGGCUCUGCAGCAACAGAGGGCCCAAACAACCAGAAGAACUGAGAGGAAGAGCGUAGUUUGUGUCCAGAACAGAGGCUCAGACUAAAACUGAUUUGCUGGCCAUGUUUCGUCAGUGAACCUUGAAGUUGAUGACCUAAUGAGCUUUCAGCUGUGGCGUCGUUGGUGGGUGACGACAGCUUGAUUUGAAACUGGCCACAUAAACAAAGACGUUCAAGUUUCUUUACCACCAUGACCAGCUUACUGUACCAAAUAGAGCACUUUAGGUGGAUGCUUGUGCCCACUUUAAACAAACACCAAAGAGAAGAACAUUGACUGAAACAGACUGUUUUUUUCCCCACAGCAAUUCUUCUUAUAUUUGUCCAUGUGUGUAUUUGUGUGUGUGCAAAUUUAAAGGAAACGUCCACCUAAAGAAGUCUUGCAUCAAAUUCCACUGAAUUCAAUAUUARCAUAUUCUGAGAAACCAUUUCUCAGAUUAAUUUAAACCAACACUCCAGUGGUCAUAAGUGGUGAUGCAUUAGCAAAUAUAAUGAACUCUGUGUCUGUCUGACUGACUUUUUAAUGCAGUUUUAAAGUUAGUUUUUUAUUUCUUGAAGUAAGGUUGUGUGAAGUUGUCAUGAAUAGUUGAUAUCUUACCUGCAUUACACAGCAAUUCAAGAAAACCAUACUGGUUUCUMAGUACUAAAGAGGCAGUUUUUUCAGAACAAAAAACUAAAGGAUUAUAAACAAGUUUCACCUGCUUCGUAAAGUCRUCUYAGUUCUACCUAAUUCCUUGAAUACGUUUAUUUUGUUUAAAGUAUGAGUGUAACGGUACAUGUUUCAUACCAAGCCACCGCCAUGGUACAGAUGUGAAGGUCCAUAUACACUGUAUACACCCACACAUACCCACAUCCCCAACACACACACACACACACACACACACACACACACACACACACACACACUUUUAUUUUACCUCACUUGUAAAUUUUCAAGUUCAGUCAGGGUUUAAGCUCAGCCUUCGAUCUCUAUUGAUAGGCAUCUUUACACAACAACUGCAUCCAAAUUCAGAGGCUGCAUCCUUCGAAGGCAGAAUUUGAAUGCUGAUUGCAUCACAGUGACGAGCCAAAGGCUGUCCAAAUUUGAAGGCUCCUCRCGGCCCACAAAUGCACCCUUCUUACCCCUGAUUUGAGGGACAGGUCCAGUGUCUUUUUCUCAGCCCACCCUAUCCCAAGAUGCAUKGUGGGCCGACUGGAAGUUUUUWUGUUUGUUUGUAAUGGCAUACAAAGCGAGAGAUGAAGUGAGUGUCAUGAGUACAAUUUUAAUUAAAAAAAUCAGGCAGUACAAAAAUUUGAAUGUUUAAAGCGAUUGUGUUAUUAGGUUUUUGUCAUUUGCAUCGACAKGUUUUUAACAUUAUUUUUGUCAGAAAUCMCCAUAAACRAGCCCGUGGUGCCCUUAGUUCUUCAUGUAUCGACUCUAAGCUGAUUUCAUGAAUUUAUAACAUUAAUAUUUUUGCUAAUUUUGRUUUAUUUUCACUCGUAUUUGGUUCUGUUUAGCCCCCUCAUGAUUGCUAGGAGUCAGGACAUAUGUAGGGGUAAUGACGGGCAUAAAGCUGAAGGCUAUACCAUCCGUAUUCUGAGCCACUUUCAGUCAGUCUUCUCGGUCGACAAAGAACCCAGCUCAUAGCGUUGUUGAGACUGAUCUCAGUCAUAAGACUGGUCUUAAGACCACUUUUUAAUGGUCUUGGUCUUGUCUCGGACUCCACUGCAUUUGCACUCUGUCUUGUCUUGGUCUCGGACAUUGAGGACUCUGAAUUAYGAUUCAUAACCAGUCAAGACCACAACUGUGGAAAUUUCACUAAAUAGUUUUCAUAAGAUGUAAAAUGAACUGAUUCAAAUUCAAACCUGACUCAUUGCUAGUUAUGUAUUUUUGUUAGAAAUGCCACCCUUUCCCAAGUAGGGGUCUCUGCAGAACAUGUUGUCCUGUGGGCAGAGAUGUCCCAAAUCGUCAUUGGCCAGGUCUUAUAGUGGGCGGUGACGUCUCUGCUUGUGAUUGGCAGAGGUGUGAUGUGGGCGGAGAUGGCCCAAGAGACGUGAUUGGUCAACACAUUCUCACUCCCGA